CAGACAACCAGAAGCGGAAGUCAUUCACAGGUUUUAAAGCGGCACGUCUUGUGUUGGCAGCAUAUAUUUCAAAUAAGAUGAUCAGUAAAAUAAUCGGUGCGAAGUACGUGGCCAUUGCCAAAUCAUGGGUCCCAAUUCUGACCGUGUGGGGCGCAACCGGAGGCGUAGCUCUGGUCCACUUCACAGACUGGAGAUUGUUUUUAGAUUACGUUCCCUACAUUAACGGCAAAUUCAAGAAGGACGAGUAAUGACACUCAGGUUCGUGUGGUUUUUGUACACAAAGACUUAAAUAAUGAAAAGGAAGUGCUGCAGCUUGUACCUUGCACUCCGCUUCAUCUCCAUGCCAGACCACUGGAAGACAUCAUCUUCAUCCUGCAGUCCACAUUUAACUGUUCACCAUCAGCAGCCUCUUUAAAUGAAUUGGAGUUUGGCAUUUCAGCGUUCCUCAACAAGUGAUAAUCUGAAUGGAAGAAACACGGAAACAGUCGAUGAAUGGACUUUUCCUUUCACUUUUAGUCUGAGGCCAGAUGUUUGUUUUAAUCAUCAAGUCUCCUGUGUGAUGCAGAUCAAACCUGAUUUUGGAAAUGGAAAAAUCUGCCCUUCGUGUCAUGCUGUAAUUGUUUGGAGGAAAAUGAGUAAAGUAUGUGAGAUAUAUUGAGCUUGUGUGCUAUUAUUUCACUUGUGGGGUUUAAAUGCUGUCUUCCUGCUUACCAUAUAAAGUCACAUUUAAAGUGUAUUUGAACCUUGAACGCAUACCCAUCAGAGGAGUUUGGCUGCAGUUUGCUUGGACUUUAUACUUGUUAGAUUAUUGAGGGACAUAUUGGUAAAGAACCCUGAAUUGUCCCUCAUGUGUUGGUAUAUCAUGACUGAUAAUAAACAAAUAUAUAUAUAUAUUGA